GAGGCGGCGCGCGCCUGGGUCCCGGUCGCGAGGAGGCGGAGGAGGAUGUGGCGCGCGGAGGGGAAAUGGCUGCCGAAAACAAGCCGGAAGAUGAUCAUGGGAACAGCAAUGGCAGUCAUGUAAAAAUCUUUUUACCGAAGAAGCUGCUUGAAUGUCUACCAAAAUGUUCAAGUUUACCGAAGGAGAGGCACCGCUGGAACACUAAUGAGGAAAUUGCAGCUUAUUUAAUAACGUUUGAAAAGCAUGAAGAAUGGCUAACAACUUCCCCUAAAACAAGACCGCAGAAUGGUUCUAUGAUCCUGUACAAUAGGAAGAAGGUGAAAUACAGGAAAGAUGGAUAUUGCUGGAAAAAAAGGAAAGAUGGGAAAACCACCAGAGAGGAUCACAUGAAGCUGAAAGUCCAAGGAGUGGAGUGCUUGUACGGCUGCUACGUCCAUUCCUCCAUCAUCCCCACGUUUCACAGAAGGUGCUACUGGCUUCUGCAGAACCCAGACAUCGUGUUGGUGCACUACCUGAACGUCCCUGCUAUCGAGGACUGCGGGAAACCGUGUGGCCCCAUCUUGUGCUCAAUAAACACAGACAAGAAGGAAUGGGCAAAGUGGACAAAAGAGGAACUCAUCGGACAGCUCAAACCGAUGUUUCAUGGCAUUAAGUGGACAUGCAGCAAUGGAAACAGUAGUUCAGGGUUCUCAGUGGAACAGCUUGUGCAGCAGAUCCUCGAUAGUCACCAGACGAAACCGCAGCCUCGGACACAUAACUGUCUCUGCACUGGUACCUUGGGGGCAGGAAGCAGUGUGCAUCACAAGUGUAACAGUGCCAAACAUCGCAUCAUAUCACCAAAGGUCGAACCAAGGACAGGUGGGUACAGCGCUCAUUCAGAGGUACAAAAUAACGAUGUUUCUGAAGGCAAGAACGAGCACAGCCAUGGCAAGGCCUCCAGCCGAGAGAAGAGGAACGGCAAAGUGGCGAAACCAGUGUUGCUCCAUCAAAACAGCACUGAGGUUUCUUCCACCAACCAGGUGGAGGUCCCUGACACAACCCAGAAUUCUCCUGUGUCCAUCAGCAGUGGAUUAAAUAGCGACCCGGAUAUGGCGGAUAGCCCGGCUGUCACUGGUGUGUCCAGUAUGGCUGUAGCAUCAGUUAUGGGAAGCUUGUCACAAAGUGCCACUGUAUUUAUGUCAGAAGUCACCAGUGAAGCUGUGUAUACCAUGUCACCCACCUCUGGCCCAAAUCAACACCUUCUGUCCUCAGAUGCAGCUGCACAAGGACUGGUACUUGCUGUGAGUUCAGAUGGACACAAAUUUGCUUUUCCAACAACCGGCAGUUCAGAGAGCUUAUCAAUGCUACCCAGCACUGUCUCUGAGGAACUUGUGCUCUCCACAACUUUAGAUGGAAAUAGAAAAAUUCCAGAAACCACCAUGAAUUUUGACCCAGACUGUUUUCUUAACAAUCCCAAGCAAGGGCAGACUUAUGGUGGAGGAGGUAUGAAAAGUGACAGCAUCAGUACCAACAUAAGGCAGUCACCCACAACAGAACGUAGCUUCAACUUCAAUACAACCCUCACAAAAGAAAUUAAAACUGAGGACACAUCUUUCGAACAACAGAUGUCCAAAGAAGCAUUUUCCUCCACUUCUGCAUCUAACGCUCUCACCCUCACUACUGGUUCAGGUUUGCUUCCAUCUGGUGGAGGUCUGAGCCCAAGUACCACCCUGGAGCAGAUGGACUUCAGUGCCAUUGACUCCAACAAGGACUAUUCUUCCAGCUUCAAUCAGACUGUCCAGAGCCCUCACGUUCAUCAGACCCCUUCCCCCAGCUUCUUUCUGCAGGAUGCCAGCAAACCUCUUCCCCUUGAGCAAAACACUCACAACAAUUUGAAUGACACAAAUGGCUCAUUUGUGAACACGUUAGGAAUCCCCAGUGUGAAAACAGAGUCCUCGUCCCAAACCACUUCCAACUGUAAUGGCACAGUGGAAACCAGAAUAGAGUCCACCUCUUCUCUCCAGCUCAUGCAGUUCCAAGCAAACUUCCAGGCUAUGACUGCAGAAGCUGAAGUUCCCAUGGAGACCUCCCAGCAGGCAGAAGGGAAUGAAAAUCUACUUAAAUCAGGGGAUCUUCAAGCCUGCAGCACAGAACACUAUUUGCAGCCUGAGGCCAAUGGGGGUAUCAGGAAUGGGAACAAUCUCCCUAUUCUCCAAGGAAACAUGGUACAAGGACUCUAUCCUGUGGCCCAUCCCAGCUUAAAUAACUCCUCCAACAUGGAGCUUAACUUGGACCACUUUGACAUCUCCUUCAGCAACCAGUUUUCUGAUCUAAUUAAUGAUUUCAUAUCAGUAGAAGGUGGGAGCAACGCUCUCUAUGGACACCAGCUGGUGUCGGGUGACAGUGCCGGACUGUCUCAGCCUGAAGACAGUAACAGAGCAACCUACAACCAGGCUGAAAUGUGCAUUCCUUGCUGCAGUCCUCAGCAAGCCAACAUGCAGCUCAGCAGCACAGAGAACGGAGCCAGCACGAUGGCGUACAUGCAUGUGGCUGAGGUGGUCUCAGCAGCUGCGGCACAAGGCACUUUGGGGUUGCUGCAGCAGAGUGGGCGCUUGUUCAUGGUGACAGAUUAUUCACCAGAAUGGUCUUACCCUGAGGGAGGAGUAAAAGUCCUAAUUACUGGUCCAUGGCAGGAAGCCAGCAAUAAUUACAGCUGUCUGUUUGAUCAGAUCUCAGUGCCUGCAUCUUUAAUUCAGCCAGGGGUACUGCGCUGCUACUGUCCAGCUCAUGACACUGGGCUCGUGACUUUGCAAGUUGCCUUCAACAAUCAGAUCAUCUCCAAUUCCGUGGUGUUUGAAUAUAAAGCCAGAGCUCUGCCAACCCUGCCUUCCUCCCAGCAUGACUGGCUGUCCUUGGAUGAUAACCAGUUCAGGAUGUCAAUACUGGAGCGACUUGAGCAGAUGGAGAGGAGAAUGGCUGAAAUGACAGGCUCCCAGCAGCACAAACAAGGAGUAGGAGGCGGGAGCAAUGGGAGUGGGAAUGGAGGAACGCAGGUGCAGUGCGUUUCUGGGACACUGGGCAGCUGCUUCGAGAGCCGUGUGGUGGUGGUGUGCGAGAAGAUGAUGAGUCGUGCUUGCUGGGCAAAGUCCAAACACUUGAUCCAUUCAAAGACUUUCCGAGGAAUGACACUGCUCCACCUAGCCGCUGCCCAGGGCUAUGCUACACUGAUCCAGACCCUCAUCAAGUGGCGCACUAAACACGCAGACAGCAUUGAUCUGGAGCUGGAAGUUGACCCUUUGAAUGUGGAUCAUUUCUCCUGCACUCCUCUGAUGUGGGCGUGUGCCCUGGGCCACAUGGAUGCAGCUGUUGUGCUGUACAAGUGGGACCGCCGAGCCAUCUCUAUUCCUGACUCUCUUGGGAGGCUGCCACUGGCCAUUGCCCGGUCUCGGGGCCAUGUGAAGUUGGCGGAGUGCUUGGAGCAGCUACAGCGAGAUGAGCAAACUCAGCUUGGGCAAAACCCCAGGAUUCAGUGCCCCUCGAGCACAGACUCCAACACAGAGAACUGGGUGUCCCAGUGGCAUAGUGAGCUUAUUGCCUCUCAGGAGCCUCAGAAGGGAGUCACUGUGAUUUCCAGUACAAACACAGAGCUGAGACGACCAAGAUCAGAACCUUCCAGUUACUACAGUAGUGAGACUCAGAAAGAUUACCCUGCACCCAAAAAACAUAAGCUGAGCCCUGAAUAUUUUCAAGCCCGGCAAGAGAAGCUGCUUUCCACUGCACUGAGCCUGGAACAGCCGAGCAUCAGGAAACAGAACUCCAGCUCCAAGCAAUCCUCCACUGAGACAAUCAGCCCCAGUGAAGGGAUAAGAGACUAUGGUCGGGAGCUCUCCCAGCACAUCCCAGAAGUUACUGGGUACCGGGGCUCUGGCAGCCAAGCAAGCAUCAAAUGGAACCCAAAAGACAUUUAUAUUGGUGUGUCAGCAGUGCAGGUGGCGGGGAGCCAGAAGGGGGCUGCACUGGGGAAGGACACUGUAGCCCAUCGGCUACGCCAGCGAGAGCAGAUGAACGUGCUGAUGAUGGCUGACAGGGAGAUAGUGGAUGCAGAGCUCUUGUCCUAUAGGGACAAUGCAGGGGAUGAGGACUGUUUACACCACAUGGAUGACUUGCAGGUGAACAUGAUGACACUUGCAGAGCACAUUAUUGAAGCUACGCCUGACAGGAUCAAGCGGGAGAAUUUUGUGCCAAUGGAGUCACCACUGGUGGAGAGAACGGACAGUGCUGCCAUGAGCACCACAAUGAGCUGGCUGGCCAGUUACCUUGCUGAUGUCGAUCAUCUGCCGAGUGCUGCACAGAUAAGAAGUCUGUAUAGUGAACCCCUGACCCCUUCUUCGAACACCAGCUUGAGCCCCGCAGGCUCACCAAUCAGUGAAAUAGCUUUUGAGAAACCCAGCCUUCCCUCGGCAGCAGACUGGUCUGAAUUUCUGAGUGCAUCCACCAGCGAGAAGGUAGAAAAUGAGUUUGCACAGUUAACUCUGUCUGAUCAUGAGCAGAGAGAGCUUUAUGAAGCUGCCAAACUCGUCCAGACGGUGUUCAGGAAAUACAAGGGUCGUCCUCUCCGGGAACAGCAAGAGGUGGCUGCUGCUGUUAUUCAGCGUUGCUACCGGAAAUACAAACAGCUUACUUGGAUAGCCUUGAAGUAUGCACUUUAUAAAAAGAUGACGCAAGCUGCCAUCCUUAUCCAGAGCAAAUUCCGAAGUUAUUAUGAGCAGAAAAAAUUCCAGCAGAGCCGACGAGCCGCGAUGCUGAUCCAGCAGUACUAUCGCAGCUACAAAGAAUGUGGGAAGAGGAGGCAAAACCGUCGGGCAGCCACCAUUGUACAACAGAAACUCAGAAGCAGUCUGCUUACCAAGAAGCAGGAUCAAGCUGCUCGCAAGAUUAUGCGGUUUUUACGACGCUGCCGCCACAGCCCACUGGUGGACCAUAGGCUGUACAAAAGGGGGCUGAAUGUAUUUGGAGCUCACAUGUGUGUGUUAAAUCGCAGACUGCGUGCUCUGGGGUGUCAUUCUUAUUGGGCCUUUCUGUCUUUUUUGUUUUGCUGCCCAAAUGAGAUAUCUGGAAAAAGGCAAGAGUUCCCUUUUCUUAAAUGUCCCACAGGCCAUUUCAGCUCUCAGAGCAACAGAGUGAAAGAAUUGAAAAAGGCCAAGGAACUUGAAGAUACGCAGCAGCAUCCCGUAGCAAUGUGACAUUGCUUUUCAGACUGUUUUCAUUUUCUGUUUUUAGCAGAGACAUGCAACAACAACAACAAAAAUACCCACUGUAGUUCUGGAAAUACCAGCUGCAGGAUUUUAACAGUAAUGUUUUGGUCAUUGCAUUUGCACUUUCAUGGACAACUUUUAAUUUGUUCAGCAAGACAUCUUGGAACUCAAUCUUCUGUUGGAUCAUGGGGAAAACAAAAGACACCAGGAGGAAAUUGUGAGUUGCUUCAUUCUCCGAGAAGGAAGAAGCGAUUAAUUAUCCUUUUCAUAUAGGGCUGUAUUAAACAACAUGUGGAACUGUACAAAUAUUAUACCAAAAAUAUUGUUAAGAAAAGGUGGGAAUGCACAAGCAACACAAGAAUGCUGUUCCUGCACCUGUCAGUCAUCUCCAAGAAACUGAAGCUUUGAGAGUCUCAGUGGAGGGGCUUAGAUCAGUACAUCUUUAUUGGGUCCAUGCAUCCUCAUUUCCUUCGCACUUCUGUCCUUUGUGUUUUAUUUAAAUCUCUACAGCACACUUAAUGCAACUUUUUAAAUCUGCAGGUUUUUAAUACAUCCCGUGGGAACUUACAGAAGGGGUUGGUGUAUGAGAUAAACGGGUAAUGCAUGAGGAACGGAGAUAGCAGCUUAAGCAAGUUUUAAAAAGUUUUUUUGGUAUUUUUACUAGAACCUGCAAACAUACCAAUUGUCAUGUACUUUCUCUCAUAUUCAGCACUUUAUUUUCUAGCCUUACUUUCAUGUACUAUUAUUUUAAUUAAGUUCUUAAAAUAAUUUGUAAAACACGUAGCUUUUUAUCUUAAGUACUUGUCAAACCUCUUGUCAUUUUGCAGAGUCACAUACAUAUGUUGCCUGGACAUUUUAUACCACCUAAAGAUCAGAGUGGUGCUGCAUUCUGGCCAGUAAAUUUCUUAUUUUGGCUACUUCAUCAAAAUCUGGGCAGUUUCUGUAUAUAUAGAAGGUAGAAAUGGAAAAUGAGAAAAAAUAUUUGAAAGGGAAUAUAUUGAUUAAUUACUAAAUAUUUUAUUCACAAAGGGUCAAUAACUUGGCAAGAUAAAAUUAUUAUUUGUAUAGUUUUGUCUGAAUGAACGAGAAGAGUGUGGAUGUAUUGUUUGUACAUAUUGUAUAUACUAAAACAAAGAGAUAUGUGCAUGAACUCAAGAAAAAGAAAUGAACAAAGCAAAGCAUUAGUGGCUAUGGUCUGUAAAAUGAAACAAAAACUUUAUUUCACUAUAAGAAACUUUAUUUUAAAUGUUCUUUAGAAGAACAUUUUUGCUAAAGCAUGACUAAAUGGCAAAAAAAAGAGCUACUGUAUUUAGACUUAGGAAAAAAAGGCAGAGCAACAUUACUUUAAAAAAAAAAAAAAAAGAAAAAAAGGAUAUGUUUACAUUUGAUUUUGGCUACCAGGAGUUUGGUUUGGUU